UAGUGCAUGGAGAAAUAAACAUGCAUGCUUUCCAGCGCGUCAUCAUUGGCGUGACGCUGGCAUUAGCCCAGGCUACAGAUUUGGAUGGAGCCUGGUAUGGACAACAGCAUGAGACGGUGAAAGUUAUUAACGAAGUUGUCUCAGUGCCACAUCCAGUUCCUAUUCCCAGUCCCUAUCCAGUGCACAAGAUCAUUCCAGUGCCUCACGCGAUUCACGUUCCGCAUCCCGUGCCAGUUCCCAAACCCUAUCCCGUAAUCAAGAAGAUUCCAAAAAUCGUCACCGUACCGAAGAUCAUCCACGUGCAUAAACACUACCCUCUAGCACACCAUGUCCCAGUGCCGGUACCCAUUCCAGUCUACAAGGAUGCGCCAUACCCAGUAUACAAGCACGUACCGGUUCCAGUGACCCAACAUGUUCCAGUGACCCAAAAAGUCCCCAAAUAUAUCCCGCUGCCCGUACAUAAAAUCAUUCAUGUUCCACAGCCAGUAACCAUUCCAGUCAAGGUGCCUGUCUUCAAAGAGGUCAUAGUCAAGAAGCCGGUAGAGGUGCCGGUGCCGGUCUUCAUCAAGAAGCAUCAUCACCAUGGAGCCGAUCACGGUCACAGCCACUACGGAGGACACUUUGAACACGGCUACAAAGCGUGAAAAAGCGCAGGGGUCAUACAACCUACGUUCUGCCAAAUGGUGCGCAUUCAAUGAGAGCUCGAUGUGAUAAUAGCUGGCAUGACGAUUUUACUUCAUCAACUUAAUUGUACAAUACAUGGAUUUUCAUGCAAAUCAAACUGUUUACGUCGUCUAGCGAGUGACUCCUUUUUACAUCUAACCUACCUUCACGUCUCUUAGCACGUCACGAACCUCAGAAACCCGUAUGUAGAAAUUUCAAGCCGCCGAUGCAAGCCAGAUGCUAGUGGAACAAACAUGUAAAUAAGAAGAACGUGUAUAAAGAAGAUGAAGCUGGUUAUCGAGGAUUGGAUCACAUUCAUCCGAGUAACAGAUGAUAAUCAUUUGUAUCGGUAUCUAAAAUGCAGAAACGCUCGAUGCCGGCUUUUUGUGUAUGUGUAUAAUACCACAGUACUUGGAAGAGAUGAUGAUGAUGUCGAUACGGCCUGAUGCAUACAAUGCACA